AUGUGGCUUUUCUGUGCGGAGAACCGCACUGUUUACCUGAGGAACUCUGUUCUGGAUGGUGGUUCAGGCAGCAACCUGAAGCCGAGCCAGCAGCAGUCCGGGGCUCUCUGGGGUUUUGGCUCAGACUCACCUGAUUCCUCAGCCACGCCUCCCCAGCUCAGAGCUGGGUCACACCUGCCCUGCCCCCGGCGUGGCUCUGAGGCUCUGAGAGCAGAGGGUGGGGGGCUCCCGCUCAGAGAACUGUUGGCGGCUGGAGCAGAGGGAAAGCACCUCUCGCCAGCGGGGCCUGGGGGCCAGAGUCACCGGUCAUCAGCCCGGGCAGUGAGGACGCACUGCUUGUGUGGAAACAGGUGUCUUGGUUUCCGAUAA